AUGGAGUCGCCACAGAACUACGAGGCAGCGAACUGCCUAAUCUCUCUCACCAAGAGCCGCAGUGUAGAGGUGGAUCUCACGAUAGUAAAAAAAAUACACAAGCUAAUCAGGAACAACAGAAUAACUUGCCAUAUAGACCCUCUCGACGUGGCAGAAAAUGUAUUCGCCAGCAUAGCCUCCAUCUUAUGUAACAAGGUGAGAGUGGCUCUUUACCUUUUAGGCAGCAAGAAAGAUGACCCAUUCGUUGAGCAUCUUCCUCGGAAUGAAGCUACCUUGGCGCACACCCCCCUCAGGGACUACCUAAGGGGGUACGACAUGUGUAGCAGCGAGAGGUGCCGCUUAACCAUUGAGCACUAUGUAAAGGCACUCUCUGUUUGUUUCACGAAAUUGGGCAAAGGAGACAGACAAACCUUCUUCGCUAACCUGAAUAACCUUUCCAUGUUGCUUUCAAUCGGUUCGAAAGAAGAGGAGUGCUGCAGCGAGUCCUUCCAAGUAGCAGUGCUGAACUACGCCAAGAGUAUUUUCCUUCGAAUUUACCCCAAUGAUAUGUUCCAACAGCUAGACGAAGGUGACAUAGCCAAUGCGCAACAGGCGGUAGGCAAUUCUACACACCACCUGUGUGGGCACCACAAAUUGGAGGAAAACAAAAAGGACAUCGACGCAUUCUUCUGCCUUAUGAAAAUCAUCCAAACAGUUUUGCAAAAUAUUAUGCAAAAAAAAAAAAAAAUUAAAUUAAAAAAUCUCAAACUGCUAUUUAUCAUCCUGAAGAAGAUUAACAAGAACGUCUACAUUUUAAAAAAAUGUUUUGGAGCCAUCAGCUUAAAUCUCUUCCUCCUUUAUCGAACUUUCCAUGUGAAGGAAAUUCAAAAGUUGAUCGUAAAAGUGUUUGCCAUGUGCGUGGACAAAAUGUUGCUUUUUUGCCUGAACGGUCAGGUGAAAUUGGGGGAAGCCAACUUGGGGGAAAACAACUUGGGGGAAAACAACUUGGGGGAAAACAACUUGGGGGAAAACAACUUGGUGGAAAACUACUUCGGGGGGGACCCCAAAUGGGGUAGCUCUCCCACCUGUGGAAGGGAACAGGAAUGUCCCUCCUCGCUGCAAAGUUUGGGAGGCCCACCCAAGGCGCGGUCGUCCGCCCCGUUUGUUGGGCAGCGACCCCACGGGGAAGCGGUAAACGAAGCUGGACGCAAAGUGAUGGAUGACGCGGGCCCCCCCCCGCCGCACAACGCACCCACAGAGCAACCCAGCGAAGACGAAACAAUCAUCGCUAACGUCCACUUCAUCUGCUACUACGUCCUCACGAACUACGGCGACGAGAUUGUCCGAGAGGUUUCCCAUCUGUGCAAAAUCAUAAUCAAGUAUUGGCGCAUCGUUCACAGGAACUUAACUCUCAUGGGCUACUUUGUCCUUCUGUCUGAGCUUCUCUCUGAGGGGGGCGAUUCCUUUGCGGCUCGGCUGGAGCUCCUCCUGGGUAGUAGAAGCUUCUCCGAGCUUUUGAAUGUUCGCAGGUUAAGCGUGGGGCAGAGCGGAGGUGAGAGCAGCGACUCGGGCAUUGCUACAGGUAUUGCUCUAGCUAACCAGCCGGGCGACCACCCGGGCGACGCACUAACCCCCCCGGGACCCAGCCUGCAGGACGACCUCCACGCCAUCUUCACAAACCUCAUAAAAUCGCUGCAGCCAGAUGGGCACCCCCUUGUCCACCUACCCCCCGAAGCGAAUUGCACCCUGGAACGGUUAAAUCAAAACGUGGGUACCUACUACUUUAGGCACCUCUACAACGUCUUUCUGUUAAGAAGGCAAAAUGAGAUAUACCUGCUACGCUUUCUGAGGGGCUAUUUGUAUUUCCAUUUUUUUAAUAGCCACACGAAUGAAGUGCCAGUUGCCAGGGGGCACCUCUCUGUUAAUUAUUUUCUCUCCCUAUAUGAGACGUCCAAUGUGGAUUGUGUGAGGAGGGGGACGUAUCACCCCCAGCGAGAUCCCUCCACCAUCCUCAGCGAGGACAACUCCUUAUAUUCUCUAAACGUGUAUGAGCAGCUAACCCAGCGGGGAAGCUCCUGCGCAGGUGACAAGACCAACUGGGCUCCAACGAGAUUUCCCCAUUUUAGAAACAUCAAGGAUGGCUUGAAGAUGCAGGACGUGGGCCUCAUCGGAGACGUCAGCAUCCUCUUCUUCCUCCUCACCAGCGAAAGCGAACUGGAGAACCACCUGAACGAAGUUAUGCUCUCCGCGUGGGACAACCCCAGAGAGGGCACUAAAAGGGAGACGAAAAGGGAAGAGCUCGUCCUAACGAGGAAGUGGUGGGAGGAGAUUCAUCACUUCACCAACUCGAUCGAUUGGGCGAAGCAGAGGAACUCAAAAGAGGAGAUAUGUAUCCCCUCUCAAGCAGACUCGACAGGGAAUUUGGCCCCCACGGAGGAUGCAUGCAGGGAAGAAGAGGAACCCCCCCUUAGGCGAAAAUGCAAGUGCCUUCACUUUAUCAAUUUUUAUAUGGACGCCUUGAUAGUGAUGCUCUGCACGUAUGCGAGGGUCCAAUUGGAAGGAGAGAACCAAACGGAGACAACCUCAAUCAUGCGGCGCAACCAACUGGCAGACGCCACGAACAACCAACCGCUUCCUAAACAGGCCCUCCAGAACGAGCUGGUCAAAGACGUCCUGCAAGAAUAUGCCAACCUCUAUAAGAGCUACUUUCAUUUGGCCCUUCAAAUGAAAUGGUCUCGGGGAGCUCCUAACCUGAGGAUGACGAUGGAGAAGGUACUCUUGUUCCUGACGUCCAAGAGGGUGAAAAAGGCUCACCUGAUUGGAGCAGCAGGUGAAGGAGGUCAUACGAAGGGGGAGCAUGAAACAGACCUACGCCACUACUACCUCUCCCUCCUACUAAUAUGCAUGAACAAGUGCUUCUGCGUGUCAUCCCUGUGUGGGUACGAAGACUUGAUGGAAAAAUAUUUCUGUAAAAAUUUUGUUUUUUUUCUGCUAAACGUGAGUAGCCCCUGUUCUUAUGUUAGGGACAGCGUGGUGGACGGGGUUCCGGGGGGGGAAGCAGUCCCCCUGGAUGUAGUGGCAGCCUCUGUAUACGCGGGUGCCGCCAAUCCCGCCAAUUCCAACGAUGUGACCAGUCGGGGCCCCCCCCAGGUGGACCGCAUGGAGGACAUCCUAAACCGGAACAGCGAAGCUAUAUCGGCCUACGUGUACAAAAAAAUAAUAAACCUAGAUUCAAUUCACAGCUGCAGAAAAAUCUCCACGCUGACGCAGUUGCUGGUGACGCACCACUACUGCCACGUUUAUCUUUUCAAAGAUAUUUGCGUGCAUAUUAUAAAGUACUCAAGGAGGAUGCAGUUCCUGCAUUUGGAUCGGCAGAGGAAGGACGAAAUGGCGGUGCUCAUCUUGACAGUUUUUAAUUAUGUCCUCUACUUGUUUUAUGAGCAUAUCAGUCGGAAGCGAGUGGAGCUGUGUGUGCGGGGGGGAUACGUGGAGCAGGAUGAGCAAAAAAAAAAGAAAAAGCUAUUUUUACGCAACUUGCUCUUAUUCAAAUUUCACGGAGACCUCUUCAAUGUGGUCCACCUAGACACAGUAAGCAGCGAAGAGGCCAAGAAGAACUCCUUUAAGAAGAUAGAAGAAGACAUGAAAAAUAUUAUGAACAAGGCAAGGGAAAACAUUCCGUGUGAGAGACUUGCCAACCUCCUUGUGGACGAUGAUUUCUGCGAUUUGUAUGACGAAGAAGGGGGGAGCAACACCAGUGCACGAAGGAGCCCUGGUGAAGGCCCUACAAACGACCUUAAAGACAAUCACUACAUCAGCGGAAGGAAGUACCACCAAGAGGUUCAUUACCCGGACAUCAGGCACACAGCAGAGCAUAUUUUCCACUUUGCGAAGAAGUUCCUCUGCCAUGAGGACGUGUACGUGCGAUUCAGUGCCCACCUCUGCGUUCUACGAUGCCUCUUCAUUUUUUCAACGCGACUGUAUGAGCUGUACCCAAAGAUAUACCAACUGUGGGGGUACGUAAAAAUCAACUUCAGGAAAAACGAGUACAUGAACGACAUUGUCCUUUUGAACAUAAUUAAUUACGUGGCGACCAUCGAUGAUAAAUUCUCCCCAAAUCUCAUCCUUAGCGACAUCAUACCGGAACUUUUCCGCAAACUGGAGAAGCUCGAGAUGGGACGGGAGAUGCCCAAGCAGAGCUUCGAGCACAGGUUCCUCCUCAACGCGAUGCUCCUCCUCGUGAACGUGUCGAAGGAGGAAAGCUGCUUCGAACACAUUCACCCCUUUGCCAUGCACUUUUGCCUAAAGUGUCUGCGCGAAGGAGUGGACGAACAGAUUAAGAGGCUCGCCCUGAACAUUAUUUGCAACUUCUUCCUCAGCGACAUUCCAAAGAUCGGGCGAGCAAUACAAAACGUGCGCGCCGUUAAAGAGAGGGUUGACCAAAUGCACGGAAAGAGUGGGACCACUGAGGGAAAACUACACGCCCUGUUUUUAAGUAGCAUCGUAAAGGACGUGUCCAUAGAGCAGCCGCUACUAUUCCUUUCUUGUUUCCUGCAAUUGCAAAAUCUGAGGGACGUCCUCUCUUUAGCAUUUCAUGUAGAUCACAGCAUGCUUAAUUUUUUGUCAAUCUAUUUUGAAUUCCUGCAAAUGAAGUGCAGGUAUAAAUGCCGCCUGCACCAGCACUGCCUCGUCGUGUCCAGUCACUUCUCCGGGGGGUGUGUGGAGACUCGCGGUGGAGGCACACCUGGGCUGUCCCAAUCUUUGGUGUGAAGAGUGGUGUAGCGUCAAUGCGAAGCGUCGGCCUGCUGUACCCGGGGUGACCAAUCCCCCUGUUGCCACAACCUUUGUCACACUCACCAUAACGAGCACUAUCGUUAUGGUCGUUUCAUUUUGCUGCCUUC